AUGUCGCAACAGUCCUUGGACGAGUACAGAACAGCUCGAGCUGGAGUUCUACAGCAGCCUCAGCUCGCCCAUCAGGAGCUCUUCUUCAUGGAGCAGCGCAACAACAAGCGCGGACCGCUUAGCCCAACAGUCAGUGGACUGACCACACCGCAGGAGCCGGCAGGGGCCGCUAUUCCCACCGCAGCGCCAGCGGCGCAGGAAGCUACAUUGAUUCAGCCGGUUUUUCUGGAGGAUCAAACAGCUCUGCAAGCAGUGGCGGCAGAUUUUGGUGUCAAUGCCAACGACCCGGCAGCGGUUGAGCAGUUCUACAACACCCCGGUCCAGACCGCAGGAGAAGUGAUGAAGCUUGUCAGAGGAUACCAUAAAAGGAUCAUCAGGCCGGAGGUCCUGGGCAUGAUCGCUCAGCUUGAGAACGCCGUUCGCAAAGUCAACGAUUCUGUGUUUCAGUGUCAGCAAGAGCUCCAAUUUAUGGUCACGGAGAACCGCUCUAUCCAGAAACAUAUUCCAGAAAUCGUCCAGUACUUGCAGAACCGUGGACAGCUCGAUGCACAGUAUGACCCGGACACGAUCACACCGCAAUUCUGGCUGAACGUGCUGCAGAACGAUCCGACAACAGUACCACAAGCUGGAGGCUUUUACAGCGGUAUGACGUUGCUCACCUUUCGCUCCUGGGAGCUCCGCUCAGCUUUCUUGAAGAAGUAUGGGGGACAGAGCGGCCUGCCACUUUAUGUGGAUGCCAAUACCCCCCAACCUGGAAAGCAUAUCCGGACGUCUCCCUGCACACCGCAAUGGCAACGUAAGUUAGAGUCGCCAUUGAGAGUUUUAAUCGCGUCGAUUAACGCCCAUCCGGACACUCAAGGGCAGCAGAUCGUUAUCUUGUGGAAAACCUUAACGAUCAUGCAGCCUACUGAGGACCGGGACUUUAGACCAGACCGCCUGGCAUGGGCGAGGUUGUGGUACGAGGAGCAGGGUGGCUCUUUUGCUGCUCGCCUCGAGGUCCACACCGACUUUGCAAAGAUCCUCCUGGGCCCGCCAAGAGACGCCAGCUCAGGGGAGGAGUCUCUUUGGAAUGAGAUGUGGAACUCUGUUAUGUGGGGUUCCCAAAUGGAGUUGGACAGAGCCGAGAAAGAAGCCUACAAUGCGGCAAAGCUGCAGAGCCAGACCUCCGGCAAAGGCGUGAAUUUUGGAAAGGGCCGCAAACACUGGUCCCAGGCUUUGCUCCACAACUCCUCGUACAGCCCGUACCCUUUUAAUCUGCAUUUCACAGGCACGGACCACAUCGCAUAUGUGUGGGACGAGUAUUGUGAUAAGUGUGGGCAGCCGGGAGAGAAAGUAGGCAGCUACGAAGUGGCCACCUACGGCGGUAAACCGGCUCACACCGCAGAAUCCACAACGGAUGCGGACAUGUUGGAUCCUGGUUUUGGCGACUCGUCUGCUUCGGCCAAUCAGGCGCCGAUCUUUGCUCCGAAAGCUGCGAACAAAGGCAAGGGCAGAGGUGGAAAGACCAAAACGCCCGGCAGCUGA